UUGCCAUCUGCCAUUAAAUCAGAAAAGAAGAUUUUACCGAGCUAAACACCGGAGCAGUCAGCGGAAAGAAGCCGUUAGUUGGCAGAAAAACCCGAGCAGUUAGUUUGUUCAACAGAGAUGGACCGACACCGGAAACGGCUCGGGGAGGUUUUAAAACCGAAAACGAAGCCGCUAGGAGAAGUUUUACCUUCAGAUAUCCAGAAAGUGAUUGUUGGUGAAGAACAGCAGCAGGAGUGGAGCUCCAGUCUGCACCAGGAGGACCCAGAGCCCCUCCACAUUAAAGAGGAACAGGAGGAACGCCAGGCCAGUCAGGAUGAAGAGCAGCUCGAAGGGCCGGAGGAGGCUGAUAUCACCAAGUUCCCAUUUACUCUUGUCCAUGUGAAGAAUGAAGAGGAUGAAGAGAAACCUGAACAGAUGAGAGUAGAAGCUGUUGGAGAAGACUGUGGAGGACCAGACCCAGCCAUGAACUCAGAUCCAGAUACACAUUUACAACCAGAUAUGUACGAGACUAGAGACUCAUCUGAACCUGAGACAGAUGACAGUAAUGAUUGGAAGGAGACCGGAGACCCUCUUUCAGGUUUAAACUCUCUGAAUGAUAACGGAGUCCCUGUUAGCGAUUUGAGAUGUAGUACUGGUGAGAAAGAGUGUCUGAAAAGAUUUGGCACCAGUGGACAUCUUAAGACACACACGAGAUCUCAAACAGGAGGAAAACCAUUUAGCUGCUUACUCUGUAACAAAACUUUUACAGUGAAUGGAAGUUUACAAAAACACAUGAAAAUCCACACUGGAGAAAAGCCGUUCAGCUGCUCAAUCUGUGCGAAAGCUUUUACAGAGAAUGGAUAUUUACAAACACACAUGAGAACCCACACAGGAGAGAAACCAUUUAGCUGCUCCAUCUGUAUGAAAGCUUUUACAGUGAGUGGAAGUUUACAGAAACACAUGAGAAUCCACACAGGGGAGAAACCGUUUAGUUGCUCCAUCUGUCAGAAAGCUUUUAUACAACGCGGACAUUUACAGAAACACAUGAGAGGCCACACAGGAGAAAAACCAUUCUGCUGCUCAGUCUGUAACAAAGCUUUUACAGUGAAUGGACAUUUACAUAGACACAUGAGAAUCCACACAGGAGAGAAACCUUUUAGCUGCUCAUUCUGUGAGAAGGCUUUUACAGAGAGUGGACAUUUAAAGGCACACAUGAGAAUCCACACAGGAGAGAAACCAUAUAGCUGCAUUGUCUGUGAGAAAACUUUUACAGUGAGUGGAAGUUUACAGAAACACAUGAGAAUCCACACAGGAGAGAAAUCGUAUAGCUGCUCAGUCUGUAUGAAAACUUUUGUACAAAGUGCAAAUUUACAGGCACACAUGAGAAUCCACACAGGAAAGAAACCAUUUAGCUGCUCAGUGUGCGAGAAAGCUUUUACAGUGAGUGGACAUUUAGAUAGACACAUGAGAAUCCACACAGGCGAAAAACCGUUUAGCUGCUCUGUCUGUAAGAAAGCUUUUAGAGUGAGUGGACAUUUAAAGACACACAUGAGAACCCACACAGGAGAGAGGCCGUAUAGCUGCCCUCUCUGCGAGAAAGCCUUUGCAGUAAGCGGAGUUUUACAUAAACACAUGAGAGUCCACACAUGCGAGAAACCAUGAAGCUGUCUGAAGUGGAGCUCCAGUCUUAAAGGAGAGCAGAGAACCUUAGUCAGGUUAAAAAACUCCACAAAUGAACGAGGUCUUUGAAAGUUAUGUGACACCCAAUACUCUGUGUGUCUAGGCAACACUUUAUAAUAACAGUCACUAAAAAAAUUGUAAAUUGAUAACUAACACUAGUUACUAGAAUUGCCAUAAGUGGUCAUUUUGAGUGCAAGAUUCCAAACUCUAUAAUCUGUCGUGGUAAAUACAUAAUUGUGAGAUUAACGCAUUUAUUGUUUUAUGGUAUCUUUCUGUAGGGAAUUAUCAGUUAACGUAACUCAGUACAUGCAAAUAAUUGAAUGCAUCUUAUUUGAUUAUGAAUCUUUACUUUUUUUUUUUAACAUUAUAACCUAACCUGGCACUGCCACCGUUUUGGGGUCCACUGCGGUGGUAACUGCGCAGCUCUGCUCGCACUUUGUGCUGAUGCCCUUUCUUUUAAACGAUAAAUAACAAUAUUUACUAAAUCUAAACAUGAAUUCAUUAGUUAUGCUAUGAUUUGUUAUUUUAAAAGUUUCCUGUUGCUCACGUCAUAGUCCCGCAUUGCCAGACCUUCUGGCUAGUCCACACAGCAUUCUGGGAUGGGGAAAAAAAAACGUGCUCCAG